AUGGCCAAUCAAACCAGCGUCUAUGAGUUUGUCCUUGUUGGAUUCCCAGGUCUGUCUGAGCGGUAUCAUGCCGCUGUGUCGGUAGUCUUCUUCCUCGUCUACAAUACAUCUCUCUUCUCCAACGCCAUUGUGUUAGGUUUGAUCAUUCUAAGAGAACACCUGCACCAGCCAAUGUACUCGGUGAUUGGAAACUUGGCCCUGUCUGACCUCAUCUCCGACACUUUGACCUUGCCAAAAAUUAUAGCCAAGUACUGGUUUGGACAUGGCUCCCUGUCCUUCGUUGCCUGUUUCCUCCAGAUGUUCAUAGUUCACAAUCUCGGCUCCCUGGAUUCGUUUAUCAUCAUGUUGAUGGCUGUUGAUCGCUUUGUAGCAAUUUGCAAACCUCUUCAUUACUGUUCCAUUAUCACCAACAAACUUCUGCUGCUCGUUUGUUUCAUAUUUUGGUCGAUUUCCACCAUGAUUGGACUCAGCAUCGCGAUUAUGGGUGCCCAGUUACCCUACUGCGGAUCAAACCAAAUAAAAGGCUGCUUCUGCUCCCUGACUCCAGUUGCCAUUCUGUCCUGCGUGGACUCACUGCUGACCAGAAGGACCGUUUUUAUCAUCGCCAUGGUUGUUCACCUGUUCCCGCUUUCUUUCAUCAUCUUCUCCUACGUAAUCAUCGUUUGGAAGAUCCGACUGAUGGCGGGCUCUGAGGGUUUACAAAAGUUGUUUUACACGUGCACCACGCAUUGCUUUGUCAUCUUCUUCUACUUUGUCCCCAGGUUGGCUGUCUACACUUACAAUCAGUUUCAGUUCAUCUCCAACGCAGACUUCAAUGUUUUCCUUAUCUGCCUGUACACAUUUGUGCCUCAUUUGACCAGCCCCAUUAUAUACUGCCUCAGAACCGAGGAAAUAAAAAACACUAUGACAAAAGUUGUUAGGAAGGUGUUUAGCUCAUAG